UACAUGCCAAAAAAAAGUCAAUUCCGAAUUAUUUCCACUUCAUGCUCUCUUAAUCAGCACCAAUCAAUUCCACAUUCCUCUUAGCCAUACAACAUUUCAAGACCGGACGUGGUUCUGUACAAAUACAUUGAUGUAUUGUUUACUAUUCUUAGCAAUAUUCGUGUUCAAUUGAUUGGAUUGAGUGAUUCAAUUGGUUGAGCGGUUUUGAUGCAUCAUUAAAUGGUUUAAUGUUUCCAGAUGUAAACAAACAUUGAUAACGGAGUAUCACAGGUUAUCUGCGCUAGACCGAUAAAAUAGACACUUCAAGUAUACACAUUUGUAUUGAAACUUCAUUCAUCGCUUGAGUUUUUUGUGCGACGGUUCGGUUCCUAUCAGAGAAUACACAUCUGUACAACAAUGAAGGAUUUACAUGUGGGAAUAAUUACCGUGAGUGAUCGAUGCUCAUCGGGAGAAACUGAGGAUAAAAGUGGUCAAGUACUUCGAGAAUUGGUGUCUAAACAUUUUGGAGCUGUUAUAACAAGUGCCUUAGUACCAGAUGAAAUUGAUCGAAUCGAGGCUCAAUUGCUGCAUAUGUCGGAUCAGCUGUCAGUUCACUUGAUUCUAACGACAGGCGGAACGGGGUUUAGUCCACGCGAUGUAACACCUGAAGCCACUCGAAAAGUCAUCCACCGUGAAGCACCUCAGAUGUCACUAGCGAUGUCAUUGGUGAGCUUCGAAAAGACAAAAUUUGCAGCCUUAUCUCGAGCCGUAUGUGGAAUCCGCAAUAAAACGUUGAUUUGUAAUAUGCCCGGUAGCCCGAAGGCAGUCGACGAAUGUUUUUCGGCAAUUGUAGAUGUUUUGCCGCAUGCAAUCGAUUUGAUCAAUGGCCACCAGGGCAAUGUACGAAAAUCACAUGGAGAAUCUCAAUCAACCUCAAACCAAAGUGUCCCAAUCGCCACACACAAACACAUUUGUCCGCACAAAACGGGCACGGGUACAGAUGAUGACCGUAAUUCACCGUUUCCAAUGAUUGCGGUUGACAUUGCCUUGAAAAUCAUUCUCGAUGCCAUUCGUCGCAACGUGUUUUCACAUCGUGAUUACAAAAGUCCGGUCAAUAUUCCAGAGUUUCGAGCAUCGAUCAAAGACGGGUAUGCUGUUAAAGCAAACGGUUCAUGCAAAGGGGUCAAAAAAGUUAUCGGCUACAUUAGCGCUGGCGAUGAUGUGAAGCAUGAUGAUUUUGAUAGCAAUUUUUGUUAUAAAAUUAACACUGGUGCCGCUGUGCCCGAUUUCGCCGAUGCAAUUGUUCAAGUUGAAGACACAAAAUUGAGAAAGGCCGAGAAUGGGAUUGAAGAAGAAGUGGAAAUUUUGAUUGAACCAACGCUGGGGUUGGAUAUUCGGCCAGUCGGAUGUGAUCUAGCAAAAGGAGAACAGUUAUUCAAAGGUCUAACCGAUUUUCCUGAUGUCGUUCCAUUUAAAUCAUUACUCGCCAGCAUUGGCGUGGAUGUUGAUUCGACACACCUUACAGAAGUGCCCAUUUGUAUUCUAUCGACUGGUGAUGAACUCACUAAACCUGGUGAACCAUUGAAAACUGGGAAGAUUUAUGAUUCAAACACAACAAUGCUGCGAGCAUUGCUUGAGCUACAUGGUUUCAACAAAAUCACCACAUUGACAUUGAGCGAUACGUUUGAUUCAAUGCACGAUGCAAUCAAAGCCCAGGCCGAGAAGAAUACAUUCAUCAUUUGCUCUGGAAGUGUGUCGAUGGGAGAUAAAGACUUUUUGAAGCCAGUUUUGAAGAAGUUGGGCUUUGAAAUUCAUUUUGGUCGUGUCAAUAUGAAACCAGGAAAACCAAUGACGUUUGCUGAUCGAAAAACAUCAAAUAAAGAGUGCUUUCUAUUUGGACUACCAGGAAAUCCUGUAUCAGCAUUUGCAACGUUUCAUUUGUUUGUUCUGCCAGCGCUUCGGAAACACUGUGGUUACAGUGAACACAAAUUAUCAUUGCCAGUCAUUCACGUUGAACUUUUGAACACACAAGUCGAAUUAGAUCCACGUCCAGAAUAUGCUCGAGCUCAAAUUUCAUGUGGUCAGGGCAAAUUCUUCGCAGAAAUCACCGACAAUCAAAUGAGUAGCCGGCUAACGAGUAUCGUGAACGCUGACGUUCUAUUGCAUUUGCCGCCACGAACAAAGACACAGGAAUAUGUUCUCAAAGGCGCCCAACUAAAAGCAUCUGUUCUCAAGCAUCAUUUCAUUUCAAAAUAUUUGGAUUAAAUCUAAAAAAAAAACAUAAUAAAAAGGAAAUAAUUUUUGGCAGCAAAAAAAA